UGCUAUUCAAUUAAGUCUCCACACACAUCAGUCGUUCGCAAACGUCGUCGCCUUAAACAUCUCAAAGUAACACAGCCGUCAAACACCCAACCAAAAAUAAAAAUGCAAAAAAAUAUUUUGAUUGUUUUGAGCGUUUUUGCUCUGUGUUUGGUAAAUAGCGCUAAUGCCAUCAAAUGUUAUAAAUGUAAAUCGAUUACUGAUCCCGGAUGUGCCAGUGACAUGAUCGAUGAAAAUUCCCGCAUUGCAGUUGUUGACUGCGAUACUGUACCGAAACCAAAUUCUAUGGAUCAAUAUAUGCCAGUUACAAAGUGCAAUCGUGUUGUCACAAGUGAUAAAGCCGGCGUCAUUAUAUCACGCGAUUGUCACUUCCAAAGUAUUGGUUCCGAUCCCAAUGUUUGUACUGUAUCUCACAGCCGUAAAAUUGACAGCUGCCACACCUGCUCUGGCGAUUUGUGCAACAGCAACUCAUCAGCUGGUCGUUUCAUGGCAAUUGGAUUCACUGCCAUCUUUGCUUUAGUUGCUAUGGUGUUUGCUUUUUAAUUUACUUUCUUUAUAAAUGUGUUUUUAUUUUGUUAUUAUUUUUCAAUAAAGUUUUUUUCUCAUUUGUAAAAAGGUAAAAAUCCA